ACUUGAUUAUAUCUGAGUCAAUUCGAUUUCGUGAUGGAUCUGGAAACUGAAAAUCGAAUAGCUUCGAUUCUUUUAAGAGAAGCAGCAGAAUUGAGGAGACAAGCUGAGAAAGAAGGCGUCAGAGCAUAUCUUGAGAAGCCUAAUGUAAGGCAUCGACCUAACUCACGAUUUCUCACGGCUACUGUUCUUGGUGUUCAGCAAGCAAACAAAGCUGUGGAAACCAAUGAGAUGUGGAGUCUUCGGAGUAAAGAGAUUGAGCUUGAUGAAAGGCUCAAAAGAAAAUCAAGAGAAGAGACCAGCAGUUGCCAAAGUGAGCAGAACAAUAGGAGGGAUUUUCUUAAGAGAUGUACUUCAGUUGAUGAGAAUGUUACUACUAGUUUAUCAUCAUCAUCAAGCCAGAGCAGAAACAAAAGAUGGCAAUCAGAAGAUGAUGAUCAAGGCUUAGGAGAUGUUGAGGUUAAGACUUUUCUCCAAUCAAGGGUCAAGCGUGGCAGAGGCUCUGUUGGUGCUAGGAUGGAUGAACCAUUACCUUGUCUUCCUCUGACGGAACUGUCAAGAACUUCUGAUACAGGAGAUCGGAAGCUAGUGCUUCAGCCAGAGCGAUCACCUUUAUUGAGACAUGGGACAGAUUCUUCUUCUUCCGAGGAGGAUGUUCACAAACGUGCUCAUAGAAAGAGAAAGGAGCAUAAGAAGAAACUUAGUAAGAAACACAAGUCAAAAGAGAAGAAAAGGGAUAGGAAGAAGAGAAAAUAUUGUAGGGACUAAAUCUUUUUUUCCGGACAAAAAAUAUUGCCUUUACAC